AGACAGACAGCGGGUGUUCAUAAGAGUGGCAAAGAAGUUGAUCCGUUGUGUUGAGCGCAUCCAUCCAUCCGAUCGUGUCAUCGGUUGUCGUGUGAAUCCAUACUCGAAGUAGUCGUCGGCCGAAGCGGUUCCCCAACAAAACAAUGGGCAUAAAGCGGAGGACAGGGACGACAAAGUCGCCGCCCAUACUGUCCCACGAGUUCGUGAUCGCCAAUCACGCGGACAUUGUCUCCUGCGUGGCGAUGGUCUUCGUGCUGUGUCUACUAUUUCAGGCCACUUCGCCCAUCGCAUCCAUGUUUGUCGCCAUUCAGCACAACAUCACCGAUGUGUUCACAUCAGAUGUGGUUCAGUACACGUAUGGCGUGAAAGACGUGUGUAUUGUCUUCUUCUACUUCUUGAUCUCGAUUGUGAUGCACGCCGUCAUCCAGGAGUACCUCUUGGAUAAAGUGAACCGGAAGUUACACUUAUCGAAGAUCAAGCACUCGAAGUUCAACGAAAGCGGCCAACUGUUGCUGUUCUUCAUCAUAUCGAUAGUGUGGGCCUCAGAGAUCAUACGACGUGAUGGUUAUCUCACAUCGAUUAGCAAAUUAUGGGCCGAUUAUCCGCACUUAGAGAUGACUUAUUUGUUUAAGUUUUACUUCAUUAUACAAAUCAGUUAUUGGUUGCACGCCUUCCCGGAGCUCUACUUCCAGAAGGUUAAGAGGGAUGAGAUGGCCGCCCGUAUCACUUACGCCACGCUCUAUCUCAUCUUCUUCACCGCCGCCUACGCUCUCAAGUAAGCUCUCUCUCUCUCUCUCUCUGCAGUUGUUUUGUUGAA